AUGCACACCACCCAGAAGGACACCACCUACACCAAGAUCUUCGUAGGGGGGCUGCCCUACCACACCACCGACUCCAGCCUCAGGAAGUACUUCGAGGUGUUCGGGGACAUCGAGGAGGCGGUAGUCAUCACUGACCGGCAGACCGGCAAAUCCCGGGGAUAUGGCUUUGUUACGAUGGCUGACAGAGCUGCUGCAGAAAGGGCUUGUAAAGAUCCAAAUCCAAUAAUUGAUGGGAGGAAAGCUAAUGUGAAUCUUGCAUACCUGGGAGCCAAGCCCCGCAUUAUGCAGCCAGGUUUUGCAUUUGGGGUUCAGCAGAUUCAUCCAGCACUUAUACAGAGGCCUUUUGGGAUUCCUGCACAUUACGUGUACCCUCAUGCUUUUGUGCAACCAGGAGUGGUA